AAACCCCUGCAAUAUUAUUGAACUCGCUUUAUGCAAUGUCAGACAAACCAAGGCGUAUCGAUUAUUAUAUUACCUUCACAUCUAUAAAAGCCCAUUGUUUGUUCUUCACUCUGUUUACUACGUUUCGAACAGUUGACGGAAUGCGAGCACCUGAGUGGAUGAGCAAUGAAAUGGCGCGCUUAACGCAUAAACUAGAACGCUAUAAGCCAACAAAUAGUGGAUACAAUCGCAUACAAUCUAUCAGACUAUCCAAAAGUGUUACACAUAUGCUGAAUAAUCCUUUACCAGCUGCUGCUGUCAACACAGACAAAGUCACACCGAUGGAUACUCCAAAACCGGAAAGCUCCUGUACGGCACCACGUCUACGUGGCGUCCUCAGUCGCAGCGAAUCCCACUGGGAAGAGGUUUAUCCAACGGUCAAAUUCAGUCGCCAGCAGAGCAACGAGAGCGCCUCCAGUUUGGACACAACAGAGAAAAAGUUUUCGCACUAUCGCAAUUGCUCGACGCGCAUUACCUGAGCUCAUCCUGGAGACUUGCCUACACCUAUACGGCUAAAAUUUAAUGAAACGGAUUACAGGCGGAGCUGUAGCGUCGAAAUGGUAUAAAUUAAACUUAUAGAUAGUGCAUGAGCAACUAUCCAGUUCUACUGAAUACAAGAUAUCUCACAAUAAAAAGCAUCUUGCCUAUGCUAGAGUU